UACACACUGGCGAUAAGCAGGCACCUCUAAGCUAAACUGCAUGCCAUCUGUGACCUCCGUAUUUUUUGCGCACGUUCGUAGCGAGGGGCUACAGAGCUGAAAGCGCAUCUGCACGCCUACAACUGUAACAAGCGGGUCAGACGUCGUUGCACCUAUCCCCGACGGUGAGUUUCAGAGUUCUCUUUUGAAAUGGCUACUACGUGCUACGUAACCGACAAUGCUAUGCUGAAACACUGGAAUCCGUUGAAAAGGUGGAUGCCAGAGAGGCCCAAAAGGCUACAAGUCGCCCACCAAUUGCUUCAGACAAAGGGACUUUUGGACAGGGCACUCAUUUUGGAGUCGCGCUACGCCACUGACGAAGAGCUCGGGUUGGUGCACACGAAGGAACACAUCGAGUUGGUCAGGGCGACAGAGAAAAUGUCCUUGGAGGAAGUGACGUUGGAGAACCACCGCCUGGAUCCGGUGACCAGCAUAUGCCAGGAAACGAACCAGUGCGCCCGCCUGGCGUGCGGCUGCUUGCUACAGGCUGUCGACGCAGUCGUGUCGGGAAAAUGCCGCAACGGAGUUGCCCUCAUCCGGCCGCCGGGUCACCACUCGGCCGCAGCCACGGUGUCCGGCUUUUGCAUCUUCAACAACGCCGCGGUUGCUGCCCGCUAUGCUAUGCAACGUUAUGGUCUCAAGAGGAUUCUUAUAUUCGAUUGGGACGUACACCAUGGAAACGGAACGCAGGAUAUUUUUUACGACAGCAACUCCGUACUGUACGUCUCUCUUCAUCGAUAUUCCAAGAAAAUCUUUCCGAAAACGGAAAUCUCCGAUGCCACGUACGUUGGCAGAGGCGACGGAAGAGGGUACAACAUCAACAUACCAUGGACAAAGCCCGCCAUUACUGACGCCGACUACUUAACGGCCAUGUAUCAGUUGGUCAUGCCUGUCGCUUCAGAGUUUGACCCGGAGCUGGUGAUCGUGUCUGCUGGAUUUGACUCCGCAAAAGGAGACAUUCUGGGCGACUGUUGCAUCACGCCUGCCGGCUAUCAACACAUGACGUCACUCCUGAAGAACCUGGCGCACGGCAGGGCGAUCAUCCAGUUGGAGGGUGGCUACAACGUGGACGCAGUGGCCGAGUCCCUGGCUGCCUGCAUGGCGACGCUGAUGGGCGAUCCCUGCGGCUCCGUGACGAACAUGCAGCCCUCCACAAGUGCCAUGGAGUCGAUCGCGAGAGCUAAGGCUGCAGUGUCGCCAUACUGGAAAUGCCUUACUGAAGAACCUACGCCUAUCGUUGUGGAGCCUGAACGUGACAUUGAAACUUGGCAGAUUCCCGUCCUGAGUUGCCCACAUGGGAACAUGGUCAGCCGCUUGCCGAACCAGGGUCUAAGUUCAGACCUGAGGAACCUGGACAACGUAAACAAGUGGAUAUGCCUCACGUGCUUUCAGGUGCUGGAAAGCGAAAUCAAAAGCGAUGUUCUGGUGGAGCACGCCUUAAAGAACCAGCAUUUUCUCAUCGUCAAUACGCACACGUUGCACGUUCGCUGCCUUUCGUGCCGACAAGGAGUGAUCCACAAGGAAUUCAUUCCAAUACUGGCGCAACUCCACAAACAGGCGUAAUUACUAUAGGAAACCGCUUCUAGCGAGAUAUGUUUUGUAACGUACACGUAUAUACCUUCAGCUCACAAAUAACCGUUGCUACACUUGUUAUGAAGGAGAAAUCUAUAUCGGCCACGCACGACAAAUGCCCUGGCAGUGACGAAACAAAGUAAAUUUUUGUUCUUGUUUUCUGACUUAUUAUGUAAGAAUGCGCAAUAAACAAUCCCAGUUACCGUGUCUUGUGUUUGUAAAA